ACUCCCGCGCUUAAACAGAAAGAAACAAAUAUGGCGGAUCGUCGAAAUCUCUAUGGUUAACACUGGUUACAAGACAUUUUACACGAUGUCCGAUGAGACAAACCCACCAACACCACCAUCCAAGGCUUUGUUACAAAGUUGGUUAAAUAAAACUCUCAAAGUAAAAAUAUCAGAUGGGCGGCGGCUAAUAGGAUCAUUCUUGUGUACAGACCAAGAAAUGAACAUCAUUCUUGGAUCUUGUCAAGAGUUUGUGCAUGGUGAAGAUUAUGAGAAUGAAGAUCCAAGAAUAUUAGGUCUGGCUAUGAUUCCUGGAAAACAUAUUGUCUCUUUAGAAAUUGACGAACAGCAGACAUCUCAUAUUGACAAAAAAACUGUUGAUAAUGAUACAAUUGACUUGUCUACACAAAUAGAACAGUCACCUACCAGCUGAACAUUGUAAAUUUUUAUGUUUAAUAAAGUUAGU